AUGGACGAUCAAUCCAGGAUGCUGCAGACUCUGGCCGGGGUGAACCUGGCCGGCCACUCGGUGCAGGGGGGCAUGGCCCUGCCGCCUCCCCCUCACGGCCACGAAGGGGCGGACGGCGACGGCAGGAAGCAGGACAUCGGCGACAUCCUCCACCAGAUCAUGACCAUCACCGACCAGAGCUUGGACGAGGCGCAAGCAAAGAAACAUGCCCUGAACUGUCACAGAAUGAAACCCGCGCUCUUCAGUGUCCUGUGUGAGAUCAAAGAGAAAACAGGUCUCAGCAUCAGAGGAGCCCAGGAGGAGGACCCUCCCGAUCCCCAGCUAAUGAGACUGGACAAUAUGCUUUUGGCAGAAGGGGUUUCAGGUCCUGAGAAAGGUGGGGGAUCGGCGGCAGCAGCUGCAGCCGCGGCAGCCUCUGGAGGUUCUUCAGAUAACUCUAUUGAACACUCAGAUUACAGAGCCAAAUUGACCCAGAUCAGACAAAUCUAUCACACAGAACUGGAGAAAUAUGAACAGGCAUGUAAUGAAUUCACUACACACGUGAUGAACCUUCUCCGAGAACAGAGUAGAACACGUCCCAUUUCCCCAAAAGAGAUUGAAAGAAUGGUGGGCAUCAUCCAUCGAAAAUUUAGUUCCAUUCAGAUGCAGCUCAAACAAAGUACUUGUGAAGCAGUUAUGAUUUUAAGAUCAAGGUUCCUUGAUGCCAGACGAAAAAGGCGUAACUUCAGUAAACAGGCCACAGAAAUCCUGAAUGAAUAUUUUUACUCACACCUCAGCAACCCCUACCCCAGUGAAGAAGCCAAAGAGGAGCUGGCCAAGAAGUGCAGCAUCACAGUGUCCCAGGUAUCCAACUGGUUUGGCAACAAACGAAUCAGGUACAAGAAGAAUAUUGGCAAGUUUCAGGAAGAAGCCAACCUCUAUGCCGCAAAGACAGCCGUGACAGCCGCACAUGCAGUGGCCGCAGCCGUGCAGAACAACCAGACCAACUCUCCCACCACGCCGAAUUCUGGUUCUUCUGGUUCUUUUAACCUCCCAAAUUCUGGGGACAUGUUCAUGAACAUGCAGAGUCUGAAUGGGGAUUCUUACCAAGGGUCCCAAGUCGGAGCCAAUGUGCAAUCACAGGUGGAUACCCUCCGUCAUGUUAUCAAUCAGACGGGAGGCUACAGUGACGGCCUUGGAGGAAACUCACUGUACAGUCCACAUAAUUUAAAUGCUAAUGGAGGCUGGCAGGACGCAACAACUCCAUCUUCUGUGACUUCUCCUACCGAAGGCCCAGGAAGUGUGCACUCCGAUACCUCUAACUAAUCUCCGGCAACACUUUUCCCUGAGCUGACAUGCCUUGAUCCGUGCAUUCAGAGCAAUAGGAGGAAAAGGAAAGCGCUUUUUGUAGCCCACCAUCUACAGCUUUACUGUAAAACCUUGUCUUAUUAGAGAACUUGGUAAAUCUGUUUUUUAAGGAAUCAUAAUCAUUUGUAUUUAUACUUAAAAAACACACAAUGUUAAAA